UAUUAAUUCUUUUCAUAUCCAAUAAAGACACUUAUCAAUCCAAGUCCGAGAAAAUUGCAUAACUCCAUUCGAGCUUCUGCAACGAAUGGAAGUAUAUAAAUACAGUGUUUCUUUAUCUUUGCUAACAGAACGAAUUAUAUUUUUAUCCACAUCGCACUGCGUGCGAUUACUGCGAUUACUGCGUGGUGAAAACACAGUGUUACUUAUAUUUUGGAAGAAAAAAGAUCGUAACAAGUGAAUCUAAUUGUAUGAUAGUUCUAAAUUACUAUUAAAUAGACAAAACAGUAAAAUGAAGAAAAAGCAUAUCAAUGAUGUAUCGUGCAAGUUUGCUAAGAACAAAUACACUUCUUAGCAAUUUUAUUUGCGUCUUGUAAGACAAAUAUUUAAUAUUGUCAUUCGACAAAUUAAGUCAAUUAUUUUGAACUGAUUAUGGAAUCACGAAACAGAAUGAAGAAAAAACAUAUCAAUGAUGUUCAAACUUCGACGGUAGAUGAACAUUUCCAAUUAUUAUUGGAAGAAAAAAAUUUUAUCGAUUCAAAACACAUGAACAACACCUCAUCAGUAACACCUGCUGAUCUGCCAGAUUGGUUUAAUGAAAAAUUAUUCAAAGAAGCUCAACAUUUUUAUAAUCAAAAUACUAUGGCGAUGGCAGUAUCUAGCAUUAUGGGACUGUUUGCCAUACUAGCAAUUCCAGAUAUAUUAAAGGUCCUUAUAUUCACCAAAAAAAGCAAUAUACCUCAUAUAGCUUUUAAUAGAUAUAUUGAAACUUUAUUGCACAUACACAACUUGUAUACAUGUGACCCAAAUGAUCCGGAUUCCAAUUGGUACAAGACAGUAAAUGUAAUUACCCGAAAACACCAGAUCAGCAGUGAAAGAUCAAAGAAGGCGUGUGUCGGAGGAAUUUAUCAAAAAGAUAUGGCAUUAACGCAAUUCGCUUUCCUGGGAUAUGUUUUUAUUGCGCCUAAAUCUAUUGGAUUGCUCAAUAAACCGGAAGAAGACGAAGCGCUUAAUCAUUUCUGGCGUGUAGUAGGCUACAUGCUAGGAAUUCCCGAUAGAUUAAAUAUAUGUCGCAAAACCGCAGUGGAAACUCAUGAAUUGUGCCAAAAGAUAAGCAGCGAUAUUUUAGUGAAUUAUUUAAAUGAAGCUCCACCUGAUUUCUACCACAUAGUAUCAAUCAUAUCAAAUGGAUUAUGGUACAUUGACGUAACCUUGAAUGCAGAUGCUCUCCUGUCAUUUAUUUAUCGACUACAUGGUAUUAAAUACAAAAAACCGCUUACAUGGUACAGUUGGCUAAAUAUGAAAUAUCGUGAUUUGACGUUUUAUCUAUGCUUGGUACCUUAUAUCGGAACAGUGGUGAAAACUUAUUAUAACUAUAUGCUUAUAUUUACAUUAUGGCUAGUUCAAAAAUGGCCUGUGCAUGCGGUGGUCAUUUGGGAAAGAAAAUUGCCAAAUUAAACUAUAUCCUACAUAUAUAUAGUUUUGAUUUUGUCAAUUUAUUACAUUUGUCAAAGCUAUGUUCGACUUUGUGACAAAUGUCAUAUUUCUUAAUUUUCAAUAAUUAUUAUAUACAUAUUAGUAUUUCGGAAACUUGUUUGAAAAUUACUUUGAUGAUUUUGCUAAACGCGAUUGUUUGAGAGCGAUCGUUUUCAAAAAUAACCUUAUCAGAAAGCUUGGUCGUCAAAAUACAAUUAAGAUUAAAAAUAAUUCAGCAUUUAUUUAUUUUUCGUAAAGAAACAGAUAAUUUUGUGAUAUUUAAUCGCAAUGGAAUAAAAGAAUAAGAAAACUUGAAAA